GAAAAAAAAUAUUAUGUAUUCUAUUCUGACAGUUAAAACUGCAUCAUCUCUUUGACUUUUGAACUUUCCUUACGUGCUGAUUAUUAUUGUUCCUUCCAUCAUGAACUCUGUUUGCCCCACCGAUCUCCCCUGGGACUCGUUCCUUUGGCAACUUACCACCAACCCAUUGCCAGACUCGUAUCCUUCCCCAAACACGUCAGACCAUUUCGAAUGGGCUCCCCAAAAAGGUUGCUCCGAACCAUUAUCCUUGAUGUUUCCUACGGAACCGAUGUCGGCUUUCUUUUCAGAAGCUUUGUUAUGUGCGGAACCGUGUGGGUUGGUUCCUUCUCGGAUAAUCACCGAUGACGUGACUUAUCAAGCUUGCCAGCUGACGCCUGACAAUCGGAGCGCGUCUCCAGAGGCACCGAUGAUUUCCUUGUUGGGCCAUCACAUGAACCUUGUUCAGUCACCCACCUCAUUGGUCUCCGCUUCUUCUUCUUCUUCCUCUUCCUCUUCCACCUUGCAGCAGUUGUCGCGGUCUCAACUUAUUGAACGCGUGCUCCAGUUGGAAAAGGAAAAACAAUUCCGAACAGAACUGUCGACUAUUACUACGACUACUACGGUAACAGGUGGUCAGCCGUCAUUGCGCCAGGCACUGCAUGUGUGCCAAUGGAAAGGCUGCACGAAACCUCCCAUGGCAAGGUUUGAUCAGCUUAUUCGCCAUAUCCAUGCGGAUCACAUCCAAAGUGGCAAGCCUGCCUAUUUCUGUGAGUGGGCCGGAUGUCUCCGAAAUCACAAACCCUUCUUCAAGCGUCACAAAAUGUACAAUCACAUGCGCACCCAUACAGGUGAACGACCAUUUGCCUGUCCGCAAUGCGAUAAACGAUUCUCCCGACCGGAUUCGCUCAACACGCAUUGCAAAACCCAUACAGGGCAAAGACCCCACGCCUGUCCUGUGCCCGAUUGUGGCAAAGCGUACUUUCACAGUCGUUCCUUGCGCAAACAUUUCAAGACCACCCACCAAUAGAUUUCCCUCGUCCCCGGAGGCCUUUUUUUUAUUUUAUUUUUACACACCCCUAUACCAGAUGAUAACGGUGUUAUUGUCAAAUGUUACUUUUUGUAUGUGCUGGACACAUACACCACCCAUGCCAUUCCUUUUUUUAUUUUCUUUUUUGUGAAGU